AUGUGGGUGGGCAGUAGUGACAACUACGCCUAUCUAGUUGUUGACGACAAGAGCAAGGAUGCAGUCAUCAUCGACCCGGCGCAUCCCAAAGAGGUCAGCCCAGUGCUCAAGAAGGCGAUCAGCGAUGGCAAGAUCAACCUCACAGCGAUCGUCAACACCCAUCAUCAUUGGGAUCAUGCUGGUGGCAACGAUGAACUGCGAAGCGACCUGAACAAGCCCACUUUGCCAAUCAUCGCAGGAAAGGACGCACAAUCGGUCACAAAAACUCCAGCCGAUGGUGAGAGCUUCAAGAUCGGAGACAUCUCUGUCAAGGCUCUCUACACUCCCUGCCAUACCCAGGACAGCAUCUGCUGGUACAUGGAAGACGGCGAUGACAGGGUAGUUUUCACUGGCGACACCCUUUUCCAUGCAGGCUGCGGAAAGUUCUUCGAGGGUACAGGCCCGGAGAUGAACAAAGCUUUGAACAAGACUCUGGCAGCAUUGCCAGAUGAUACUCGGGUCUUCCCCGGUCAUGAGUACACAAAGUCAAACGUCAAGUUUGCCAUCUCUGUCAUUCAAAAUGAGGCCAUCAAGAAGCUCCAGAGCUUUGCCGAGAACAACAAGGAGACGCAGGGCAAGUUUACUAUUGGAGAUGAGAAGGCGCACAACCCUUUCAUGCGAGUAGACGACCCAGUCAUUCAAAAGGCAACGGGCGCAACAAAUGGAGACGACGUUAUGACCAAGCUACGUGAGAUGAAGAAUAGCUUUAGGUAA